AUGAAUGGAAAGGAUAGUUAUAGUGUAUCAGAUAUGAAUAAUAUGUGUCGGACUUGCCUCAAAGUGCCACGAGAAGUAUUUCCAAUGACUGUUAUAGAACUAAACACUUAUCAAAAUCUUACUCAAAAGGUAGUUAGUAUGGACGAUAAACUAAAUAUUUGUGUGCUCUGCAAGUGGAUACUGAGAAAAUGUUACAAGUUCACUCAACAGUGCCUGAAAGUUGAUGAAAUACUCAAAAACAUUGAGCAGGAAACAAAACCCCACACAAUACAACCCGCACCAAUAAACCUGCAACAAUCUACAACAGAGCUACAUUACGUCGGACCAGAAUAUGACACACAUAUAGACCACCCAGAGAGACACGCGAACGACACUAUAUGUUAUGAAUAUGAUGAUCAUAUAGCCCAUGAUGACGAUGAAGAUGAAAUACCUCUAGUUCUGUUACAAGAUGAUUUCAAGAGUAAGAGGAGAUCCAGUUAUGAGCCGUCCCCGCAAGUAAUAGAGAUCAAACUAGAACCCAUAUUAAAAGAAGAGUUAAUAGAAGAUUUACCCACAAAAGUGAGAAGUAAAAGAAAGAGAAAAAAAGAGAUUAGAGAAGGAUUCUCCUCUCGGAUGGUGCAGGAGACUGAAGAGUAUGUAGUUAUUAAACUUAGUAAGGAGCAGGUACUAUCAGAACUAGCGGAGAAAGCGAAAUCGGACUCCUACGUCAGGUCGCCGUAUAAAUGUGAACAAUGUGUCAAAGCGUUUAAUUUCGAAGAUGUACUGCAAACUCACAUGGACAGACAUAAACAGGAGCACGGCGCCUACAAAUGUGAUAUUUGCUUCCAGUACUGUCCGAGCGUCGUCUCACUAAGAGGGCAUAUUAAAUCACAUACCACUAGGUACAAGUGCAAAGUUUGCGGUCACAUUCGCCUCUCCCGGCAGAAUCUAUUAGAGCAUCACGCCAUAGCACACACGGUGACGCCAGCGUCAUACACCUGUGACAAAUGCCAAUUCUCAACAAAUAAGCGUACGGUGAUACAGCGACAUGUCAAGACUCACUCGUCGAGCGAGCGUCACGCGUGUCAUCAGUGUGGGAAAUUGUUCACCACCAUGGAGUCCCUGAGGGUUCAUACUUUACGUCACGACAAAUCGAAGCGUCUUCGUUGCGAUCUGUGCGACAAAUACUUUCUGUACGCGUCGUCUCUGCUCAAACACAAACAGGCGCAUCAACGCGAGGACUACUACUGCGUCGAGUGCGAUGUCAGGUUCAAAACUCCGGAGAAUUUAAGACUGCAUUUCAAGAAAGCUAAAAGACAUCGAGACUCCUCGUCCUACAGGUAUGGAUGCGCACAAUGUCCGCUCCGGUUCGUGAGCGCAUCAUCGUGCGCAGUGCACGAGUCCAGGGCGCACGGCGCGCCGCGGACACACGCGUGCGGCGCCUGCGCCCGGCGAUACAGCUCCAGGGACGCACUGAGAGCGCAUACGUGGCGCGUACAUCAACGGGGUAAGGGGGGGACGUAG